GUCUCUUCUCCUGUAGUAGCAGGGUAACUAUUUAUGGACACUAAAAGGACUAACAAGUAGAAAUGCUAUUAAGAAUUUUGCUUUAGUCUUGAUCUAUUACAAACUUCGAUAGCAGUUCUUAUUCUCCGGGGAGAAAAUGUUUUUAAAAAGUACAAUUCCGUGUUAUCCUUUAAAAUUUAUUUGCGAAUUAUAACUUGCAAAUAGUAGUAAAUAAAAUUUAUUAGUAAGAUACAUUGACUAAUUAAAUCGGGAACAUUUUUGUAUUGAUAAUGAUAUCCGUGAGAGGUUAUACAGUCGCAUAGAGGUUAUGGCUGGCAGAUGUGUCACGUGGUAGACGGAGAAAGCGAAAGUUCAAGAAUCUGGCUUUACGCUUUCUUAUAAACUAUUUCUAAAGUGAAAUCUUUCAAAAUUACAAAUUUUUCAAUAAUGAGUCUGAACGUAUAUCCGAUAAGAUAAGCAGUAAUAUUUUUUAAUGUUCAGUAUAAGUCAUGACAGUUACGUUAAGAUUUUAUGGACCGAAACAUACGAACCUUCAUUACUCUUAAUAUGGUAAUAAAACAGAAUCAAAGGUAUAAUUAAUGUUGACAUAAAUAGAAUUAUUAAAUUGCGGCAACUCGUGAAAUGAAUAUCAGUUUAUAAGAAAAUUAAUUAUUCAUGCAGAAUUAUUACAUGAUCAAUGAUUUUUUAACUUAUUAUGUUUGCACAAGUAUUUAAAAAACAUGAAUGAAUCACUAUGCGUGCGAAAUUGUAAUUGAGGGUACGUUGACAAAGCGUGUACGUUUGAAUAGCGAUCGAGUAAAACAAUGAUUCAUCGCGAAUACGAAUGUAAAUCUGUUCCCUUCUCUAAUUUGUUCGAGAUUGUUCCUCUCUGUUCCCAUAAAGAACCUCCUAGGAAAAUGCUAGUUCUACGUAUAGGUGUCGAUUAUAUCAAUGAUUUUAUUAGCCAUCACAAUUCGAUCCGUGUUAAAUAAUGAAUAAACGAAUUGCCGAUAAAACCUCCAUUAUUCUAGUAAUACAUAUUCCAUAUUGAUUAGUGUUGCGAUAAAAAUUUGAUUUGACAGUUAUACGAACUUUAUUCUAAAAACAUAUAGCAAGUCAUUAAAUGACGCUUCAGAAAUACUUAUCAGUUUAUACAUUCCAAUAAUUUGAUUGUUGAAUAUCAUGAUUGUAAGUUGCUAAAAUAUUGUGACCUAACCUAACCACAAUCUUAACUCAAUCAUAACCUAACUUAACUUUAAUCUAACCUAAUCCCAAACCUUAACACACCCUGAUAUAAUUUAAUAAUGAUCUGUUUUGACGUAGAACUAAUCCACUCUUGAUCUGCCCUAAUCCUGACCUAACUUAACUUCUAUUUUACAAUGCAACACAUGCACUUGCGCGUACACACACACAUACGCUAAUGAGUUUGCUCAAGCGUUAGAUCAGAUUUUAAACGAACAGAUUUUCUAUAUAUAAUACUACGAUAAUGUUCACGCAUUUAUAAAUAUAAAAAAUAUAAAUAUGUAUUAUUACGUGUAUCAUUCAAACAGUAGCUACUUCAAUGUUCUGAGGUUUCUACUGUAAAACAAAAUAAAAACUUCGCAUCGAAAAUUUCUAGGGAAUAGUAUUUUUAUAUUUUUUUUUCCUUUAAAGAUAACGAUCAUUAGAAAUAUUUAUGGAAGUGUCGCGAAGAAAAUUUCCGUACAUAACUAAGAGAAGUACAAUGCUUCGACGUGUAGUAUUAUAACUGGUGACCGGGCGAUUGUUAUCUGACACUUGAGUCCCGAUAUCGAUUUCCUCGUAAUUUUCAGCCGUCGUUAUUUCCAUUCGUAUUUUAUAAAUGAUAAAUUAGACGUUUAAACACAGACACAAUUCUGUGCUUUGUUCUAUUAAGUCUUAACAACCGUAUUACGUAGAUCGAAAAAAUUUCGAGAAAAACUGUACUGUAAAAGAUUAAAAUGCGAUUAAAAUGGCGGGAACUUUAAAUGCUUUACAAAUAAAUAUUUGACUUUUUGCAACUAUUUAUAUAGCGUGAAAUUUGACUUCGUACCUAAAUAUAAUUAAAAAUAUUCACUUAUUUAACUUUCUUGUUAAUAAUUGUUUGACAUCGUUUUUAUUUUUUACGGAACAAAAAUUAAUGUUCGGUCGAUAUAAAGUGCGCCAAAAUUUGAAUUAGCUAUAGUCGGUUUCAAUCUAGUUCCUGGGUGUCUGGCCAGCCAGGAUCAAAAUAAUCGGCGCGUCUCGUGACCACGAGUAUCUUCGCAUUAGAAACAGAAUAUUGGUCGAUUCAAAAGAAAUUUUAAAGUUGACAUUGGGCGAAACCCCAGCUGCAUUGUUGGCUUUUAGCCAGACUUAAUGAAAUAAAGCCUGUACAUUUAUCCUUUCAUUUUAGUAGUGCCGUGAAUUUAUUCGAUUUUAACGGAGUGUCUUCCGAAGUUUUGUAUAUUUCACUUUUCAAGAUCAAACGUGCGUGCUACUUACCGAACAAUGGAUAGUCUGGAUUUCGAUACAGAUAUCAUCUUUCAGCUUCAAGUAAAGUAUAUGGACAUUGGGGAAGAUAUCGGUGUUCCCGAGGAUUUCACGACUAGUGAAAUGGUCUCUGGAAUGUGGUGGCGACAUUUGGUCUCUGGUGGUGUAGCAGGUGCCGUCUCGCGCACGUGUACUGCGCCUUUGGAUCGUAUUAAAGUCUAUCUACAGGUACAUGGAACACGGCACUGUAAAAUCAGAAGUUGCUGCAGGUAUAUGUUUCAAGAGGGUGGAUCAACCAGUUUUUGGCGAGGGAACGGUAUCAAUGUACUUAAAAUUGGACCAGAAAGCGCUUUAAAAUUUAUGGCUUAUGAACAAAUUAAAAGAGCUAUUAAAGGAGACGAUGUUAGAGAGCUUGGUCUUUAUGAAAGAUUGCUGGCUGGAUCUUUAGCUGGCGGAAUUAGUCAGUCAGCUAUAUAUCCACUGGAGGUACUCAAGACCAGAUUUGCUCUUAGAAAAACAGGAGAGUUUUCGGGUUUAGUUGAUGCUACAAGAAAGAUAUACAGGCAAGGAGGCCUGAAAUCUUUUUACAGAGGCUAUGUUCCUAAUUUAAUGGGAAUAAUUCCAUAUGCUGGUAUUGAUCUGGCUGUGUAUGAAACUUUGAAAAAUAGGUAUUUACGAACACAUGAUAAAAACGAACCACCACCAUUUUGGAUAUUACUGUUAUGUGGGACAACGUCUAGCACAGCUGGUCAAGUAUGUUCAUAUCCACUAGCACUAGUCAGAACACGGUUGCAAGCUAAUAUAUCGCCGGACAAGUCUCCUAAUACAAUGAUAGGUGUUUUUAAAGAUAUUCUUAGAAAUGAAGGAUUCCGUGGUUUGUAUAGAGGUUUAACUCCAAACUUUCUGAAGGUGGCGCCAGCUGUAUCAAUUAGUUACAUAGUAUAUGAAAACUUCAGGGAACUUUUAGGUGUUAAUAUGACGUGAUGAUUAUUUAUUUUAGGUGAUACUAAUUUAAUUAAAUUAUUCUUUAAUUACGUUUUAAGGUGUAUAAUAAAUUAGCCGGUCAUUGGCUAAUAUAAUAAGCAAUUUGGCAUGCUCUGCCUUUUGUUAAAUGUAAUAUCGCUUAUUUAUUGUUAACUCGAAGCUUCCACGUUUAUUUAAACAUCUAUCAUUCUAUUUUUCGAAUGUAUCAUGAUAUUGAUAUAUAAUAAGAACAUACGUUUAUAAAAUA